UUAUGAUGGCUUCCGAGCACCAAAUGCCAGCCUCCAAGCAGCAGCAAGGCAGCUCCAAGAUCGCCAUCUUCGAGCAGGAGAACUUCCAGGGCCGCUGCCAUGAGCUCAGCGGCGCCUGUCCCAACCUGAAGGAAGCUGGUGUGGACAAAGUGGGCUCCAUCCUCGUGCACUCCGGACCCUGGGUGGGCUACGAGCAGGCAGGCUGCAAGGGGGAGCAGUUUGUGUUUGAGAAGGGGGAGUACCCCCGCUGGGACUCCUGGACCAACAGCCGGAGAAGCGACAGCAUCACCUCCCUGCGCCCCAUCAAAGUGGUGAGAGCACCCAGACAGCCACUACCCACCCGCCAGACCAAGGACAGCCAGGAGCACAAGAUCGUGCUGUACGAGAACCCCAGCUUCACCGGCAAGAAGAUCGAGAUCAUAGACGACGACGUGCCCAGCUUCCACGCGCACGGAUACCAGGAGAAGGUCUCAUCCGUGCGGGUGCAGAGCGGCACGUGGGUGGGAUACCAGUACCCUGGCUACAGGGGCUACCAGUACCUGUUUGAAAAGGGGGACUACAAGGACAGCUCAGAUUUCGGUGCUCAGCACCCCCAGAUCCAGUCGGUCAGGCGCAUCCGGGACAUGCAGUGGCACCAGCGCGGCGCCUACCACCCCACCAACUAGAGCCGCCGGCCCCUGCCAGGGCGCAGGGACUGGAGCAAGCUCCCCCCCGGCCACCAAUGUCGCCCCAUGGCCUCGCCUCCCGCCUCCCUCGUGUGAUGCCCAACGCUGCCGAAGCAACUGAAUAAAGCUUGGAGUU